AUGGGUUGGGGUGGAAGAGCCUCCAAGAGAGGUUACGGAGAUGGUGGACAAAGAGAGAGAGACACCACCACUUCUGGUUGCAUGUGUGCUGUUUUCCAGUUCUUCGACUUCCAUCAGCUUCAAUUUCCUAAUUUACACCAGCAACAACACUCUCUCCGCCCAGAAGAUCUCACUAUCCCCAAAGGUGUUGAAGCACCAAGGAACAGCUUGGAUUCAUCUGAGGGAGGGGCUUCAUUGUCAUCUAUCACAAAAGAAGAAGAAAGCUUGCACAGUCCUAUUUUGAAAAUCCAACAGAUCAAAACAAGUGGUGGCACAGUAUCAGAUAGCAGCAGCUGCUCACCAGGAACAAAGACUCCAAGUCUAGUAGCAAGACUAAUGGGUCUUGACCUUCUUCCAGAAUCUCACUCACCCUCUUCUACUUCGUCAUUAACCCCAAAUCCACAUUCCAUUUCAAAACCUCAUUUGAAUCUACACCCGCUUCGUUCUUCUCGCCAAACCCUCCAAAACACCAAAGACAAUAAUGCAGCAGGUACUCGCUCGCUACCGGAGACUCCUAGAAUAUCAUCAGCUAGAAGAUCGGACGUUGAUCACCACCACCGCCUUUCGCUUCAGAUCAACAAAGAGAACAUAUCCGUUGGCGAGGAGUUGGAGUUUUCGAAGCUGUCGUCUUUUAAAAGGAAAGAGCUACUCAAGAGUAUUAUUGGAGACAAUGAGAGUGGCAGGAGCCCAAGUCACUACGCUAGGCAGAUUGUUAAACAGGUUAAAGAGACUGUAAGCAGGAAAGUUGGAUUGGUCGACAUCACAAACACCACGAGAAAUGAUCGAGACCUCCUCAGUCACCAACUCAAAUCGAGAAAAGCCACGCAAGACGCAAAUGCCGGAAAACCAGCAAUACCUUCUUCUUGCUCCCCAAGGCUCAGAUUGUCGGAGGCCAAGGCCAUCAAACCAAACAAUACUAAUACAACAUCAACAACUUGCAAGGACCAACUCCAAGUUCUGCCUCCAAAACCAAACAGUGCCAAGGUUCAAGCCAAGCCAAAGCCUCAACCAGCGCAAGAACAGAAGCCACCGCAGGCCACAUUAAUUCAGAAGCGCCGGAAAAUUGUUGACGAAGGGUUUAGUCCAGCAAAGUUGAAGAAGCAAGAAGAAGCGUUCGUUCGUCCAUCAACGGCUCCCACAAGAGCUCAGCAGCAAUGCAAGAAAACGCAACUGAUCUCGAACAAUCUUCUCAAUCUCCACAAUGUCCCAACUCUUCUUCCGAUCAAGAAAGACCCUUCACCGCCGGCGUCCAAACUCCCGCAAAAACAGUUAUCUAGUUCUACGAGCCAGCAGCUGCAGGAUCGGUACAAAAUAGAUCAAGCCUCCUCCUCGAGCCCUGUGCUCGCUGCCCGUUGCAAAAACGUCGACGUAGUACCUAACUGUCUCGCCGCCACCAGAACCACCGGCGCUGGUGUUGUUGUUGGAAUAUCAGCAGCUGUACGCCAGUACGUCACGAGAAUAUUAUGUCGUACUGGCAUAGAUAAAGACACACAAGUUUCAUUCACCAACUGGUUCUCUCCGUCCCACCCACUUGACCCUUCCAUCUUUUACCACCUGGAAACCUCUGUUGCUAGUUUCACCUCAAAUCACCCCAGCCAGCUCGGCCUUAGAUGCAACCGGAAGCUAGUGUUUCAUGUGGUCGACGAGAUACUCGUCGAAAUUUUGAGACCCUAUCUCAACCUUAAGCCGUGGGUUAGCUCAACAAGCGUUACACAAUAUGGUUACAAGGGAUCAAAGCUGAUCGACGUCGUGUGCUACAAACUCCAGAGCUUUCCGGGCGCUGAUUGCCGUGUUCUAGAAGAUAUCGACGCAUUGAUCGACGAGGACUUGCCGGAGGCGAAGGUGCAGAGUGUAAUGGCUCUGGCGUUUGAAGAAGAAGGAGAAGGGGUGGUGAGGGAGAUAGAGAAGGACAUAUUGGACACCCUAGUGCACGAAACGGCAAUGUGCCUGCGAUUUUGA